CCUUUCUCCGCCUGCCCCAAAACCCGCCCUCGCCCUUGCCAUCUCUAACCACGGAUUCUCUCGCUGCUUCGACUUCUACACACACUCGACAACCUCCAACUCACCCAUACCGCCCUCUAUCACCGCCCUCUAUCACCGCUGUCACCACUUCCAGCGCCUUGGAACGUUGUUGUAGGGCGACCCAAAAUAAGCCAUCCACGGAUCCCUCCGGCUGAGCUUGCGCGUCCUCUUUAGCGCCUACCCAGACCACCUCACCCGCCUCAUCACAACCGGUCGCCCAUCGUCCUCAGUAAACACGCAUCUCGACGCCUGAUUAUCGACCCGCUUGACAUUACUGCUCGUUCAGGCACACACAAUCACACUUCCUUCGAUGGCCGCAACGCUCUCUGGUUUCGCCAUGACGCCGUCGUACAACAACCAAUGCGGCGAGCCUGACUACGACUCCAUCUUCGACUUCAGCCAAGUGCCCUCUCCCACUCCCCGGAUGCACUCUUCGCCCGCCUCAAACACCGCCAGCCCGACCAACACCAUCGUUGCCCUCGAUCAGUCCGAGGACCUCCAGACUCCCGCGAAGCCUAGCCACGAGUACGAGCGCUUCAAGCAGCAGACCGGUCUGCCCUCCAACUCCGUUCCUGGCCUCGCCCAGCAAUUCAGUCCCAGCUAUGCCUUCUCCAACAGCGGCACUGGAUUGGACGAGAUGUCCCUCAUGGGCUCGUCAAGCAACUCAAUGCUCGACGCCGGAUGGAAUUCGGGUUUGGGGAUGGGAUCAGACGUCAACAUGGAACUCGACCUGUCCAUAAACACCACUGGACUCCCGCCUAGCUUCCUAUACGGUGGCGAGUCGUCCCACAGCGGCUACAUCGACCCUAGCGCCAUCGCCACCCAAGAGGAGAGUGUCCGGUACUAUCCUGGGAUGCAUCAAAAGCAGGCUGCAAUGGCGAAGGCACACGCACAGGCCCAACAACAAAGGCAGCAGCAAAUCGCUCAGCAGCAACUCCAGCAGAAGCAACAGCAACAGCACAUGCUUCAGCCUGCGAGACGCAAUGGCUCCCAGCAGAGCUCUGAUCCCCACACCGAGGAGGUCAUUGGUCGCAUCAUGGGCAAGAUCCGACACGAGAGCACCCUGUCGUCACAAGACGGCAUGUCGCCAUCCGGCUCUUUCCCCCACGUCCACCGAUCCAAGAAGGACGAGGAGGACAUGGAUGAGGACGAGAGACUCCUUGCAAGCGAGGAAGGAAAGAAGCUCAGUAGCAAGGAGCGCCGUCAGCUCCGUAACAAAGUCUCCGCCCGUGCCUUCCGUUCGCGAAGGAAGGAGUACAUUGUCCAGCUUGAAGAACAACUCGCCAACAAGCAGAAGGAGACGGACGAACUUCGCUUCCAGAACAGGAAUCUCCAGGAGGAGAACGCCGGCCUCAGGGACCUCACCCAGAGCCUCCUGCGACACAAGGCGUUCGUUCCGUACAUCGACUCCAUCUCGCGCGACCAGUCUGUCAUGAACAACAUCAAGCCCGAUCCUUCACCUUCACACGCCCCAACUCCGGAGCCUUCCCGCAAGGACCUCAACCCGUAUUCGUCGCAUUCGCAACAGUUUCAGGAUAUGAGCCAGAACGACCAUCCUCAGAUCGGAAUGGCGCUCGUGCCCGAAACCCCCCUCGACAUGUCUAUGCUCAACCUGGGUAACAACUGGAUGAUGCCUAACCAGGGUUUCAACUACCAGCAGAUCCAGACUUUUGCGGUCACCGAAUUGCCAGAGGGUCCUGCCGCCCCUAUCGACAUCGACAUUCUGUCUGGCAAGGGUGGCGAGUCGUUCAUGCCCACGACAUCUCCCGUCGAUGAUGCCAAGGCCGAAUACCCCGUCAUCGAGCGUCCCAUCGAGCGUGAGGAGGUCACUGAAGUGACUGAGGUCGAGGAGGAGGAAGAGGAUGAUGACGAGUUUGAUCUCUACCGCUCUUCGCCUGCCCGCAAGUCUAACGCCGUUGUUACUCCUAUUGAGGAUUGCGAACUCAUCUUUGGCGAUGCCGAUACCGAAAAGGUCUUUGCGCACUUCGAGCUGUUCAUCUCCGAUGAUGCUGCGUCGGAAAAGCUGAUGGAACGUUUCGAGAAGAUCUCUUGUCGACACGUCCCACGGUCGAAAGCCUCCGACGCUCCUACUUUGAAUGUCAAUACCUUGAAAGACCUUCUCACUUCUCACUCCCCUAGGAAGACGACCGCACGACCCUCUUCUCACCGGCGCGAACCUCGAAUAUUCAAAGUCGAUCGAGGACUCCCCUCUGGGACCGCGCCGGCAGUCUCCUUCGUUCAGCCUUCGAAUUCACCUGUCCAACUUCCUCGAGAAUUCGGCGGACGCCAACGCUCGCGACCGCGUCCCUCCAUUCCGCCCACUCCGUCCAACAUUGUACUCGAGCCGUUCCCGGGGGAUGGUGAUAAUAUCGAAUUAAAAUCUUUCAAAGGGGGGCACAAACACCCAAUGAAGUCCUCGAUCCAAUUCCUUACCGUGCCGACGGCGGACACGCCCGGCACGGCGCUGUACCUGUUCUUCGACAACCAGCGGUACCUCAUUGGUAACAUGGCCGAAGGCACACAGCGGGCGGCGACUCAGACGGGAACCAAGCUUAUGAAGAUCAACGAUAUACUUAUUACUGGGCGGACCGAAUGGAGCAAUAUCGGCGGUCUCGUCGGCAUGAUACUCACGCUGGCUGACUCCAAUGCUAGCUCUGUGGAGGGCAACCGGGCGAGAUACGAAAAAAUGGUGGCGACUGGGAAGCUGGACAAGAUGCCAGAUCUGCCCGUAUUGAAUCUAUAUGGCGCGCCCAAUUUGAAUCAUAUGCUGGGUACGUGCAGGAGAUUUGUGUUCCGGAAAGGCAUGCCGCUCCGCGCGGUGGAAUUCAAGGACGACACUGUAAAGCGGGAUUCUGAGGGGAACGUCGAGCCAACGUGGUCGGAUGAGUACAUUUCAGUUUGGGCUUUGCCUCUCAAACCGGCAGAGACGUCUGAUAGUGAAGCUUUCGCAAAGCAAGAGCUGAGAAACCAGACAUUCGACCAGCUGAAUAGCAAAAACAAAGAGUACGUAGCCCCGGAAGGGGAGCUGCCAGAGGAUCGCGAAUUGCGAUACGACCGGAUGCGGCGAUCGAUUGUGCGUCAUAUGUUUGACUCCGACUGGAGGUUCGAUGCUCUCGUGGAGAAACACAUCAGCGAGGUGCAGAUGCCCGCGGCGAUAUUCGUGCGCGAUCCGGAGACACAUAAGAUCGAGAAGUACACGGGGCCUAUGCCUGGAAGUGAGGCGCCAUUACCGGAUAUCAAGGUGAUGGUACGGACACCAUGGCCGGCUGCCCUCCUUGAGCUGCUCCCACCAACAGAGCCAUCUCCAGUAGCAAUUUCGUACAUCUUCCGCCCUCAUGCACAACGAGGAAAGUUUGAUCCAAAAAAGGCACUAACACUCAAUAUUGGGGAUAAGAAGAAAUGGUCUAUCCUCGCCAAUGGCGAAAACGUCUUGAAUGAUGCAGGGGAGACCAUUACUCCAGAUAUGGUACUAGGCCCUCCGAGAACUUCUGGGGGAGUGGCCAUAAUUGACUUGCCGUCGAUUGGAUAUGUUGAUUCCCUGGUAGCAAGAGAAGAAUGGAGAUCAGAAAAGGUCAAGUCAGGCAUCAUGGGAUUUGUCUGGACCCUCGGGCCUGGCGUUGCAGCCAGCCCGAGGCUACGUCAAUUCAUGAAAGAGAUGGAUCAUUGCAAGCACAUUGUGUCGUCCGUGGAUACCUGUCCCAACACACUCACGAUGGUAGACGCCGCGGCCUCUACCCUGAGAUUGGCCCAGGUUGACAAUGAGAGAUACAGAGUGCCUCACCACGACAACGUAUCCCUGCCGCAGGAUAUUUACAAUCGGUCAUCGACAUUCUCGCCUGAGCUUCCGCCAAACACUAUAGCAGCGAAAGUAGGAAUGGCAUUCGCUAUUGAGCCACAGUUUCAACUCGACAAUACUCUGGUUAAAUACCCCCUGAAUACCCAAGGAGUCCUCGAUGAUACCGAGGCUUCAGUCUUUGAAUUCGCAAAGUCCGCUCGAGAAGAAAUCCAGGCUUCACGGGGAACCUUAGAUGCAUGGAAGCAGAAAAUGCCACGUCCAGACACUGAAAUUAUCACCUUGGGUACUGGAUCUGCUCAACCGUCCAAGUACCGCAACGUCUCCGCCACCCUCGUCCGCGUGCCAGGCGUGGGCAGCUACCUCCUAGACUGCGGCGAAAACACCCUCGGCCAGCUCAGGCGCGUCUUCAAGCCCGCCGAACUCAAAGAAGUGCUGAGAGAUCUGCGAAUGAUUUGGAUCAGCCACCUCCACGCCGACCACCAUCUCGGCACCGCCUCACUCAUCAAAGCAUGGUACUCCGUCGUCCACGACUCUACCCCCACCACCGAAUCUCCCAACCUCAAACCAGCUCCCGGGAGCCCUCCCCAGCGCCGCCUCGCCGUCGUCUCGCACAUGGGCAUGGCCUCCUGGCUACACGAGUACGCUGCCGUUGAAGACUUCGGCUUCUCCCGCCUGCUCCCCCUCUGCAUCUCGGGCAACGACCGCUUCCGCCUGACCGCGGCCUCCAAGGCCUCCGAACUCACCCUCUACGCGGCGCCCGGCGGCCAGUGGACGCCGACAAAGGUCCCGCCGUCCUCGUACGAAGCCCUGCUCGGCGUAGCAGACAUCCAAGCCGUCUUCGUCAACCACUGCCACGGCGCCAUGGCCGUCUGCCUCACCUUCCCGCCGGACGCGUCCGCGGCCCCGGACACGCCGCCGCUAAAAGUCAGCUAUAGCGGUGAUUGUCGCCCGUCAGGCCGCUUUGCGAGUAUUGGCCAGGGGACGAGUGUGUUGGUUCAUGAGGCGACGUUUGAUGACGAGCUGGCGGCGGAUGCCGUGGCGAAGAAGCAUAGUACGACGAGCGAGGCGCUGAGGGUGGCGGGGUGGAUGGGCGCGAGGGGGGUUGUGCUGACUCAUUUUAGUCAGAGGUAUCAGAAGAUUCCUGUGCUGAGGGAGGUGGAGGAUGAAGAGGAGGAGGACGAGGAGGAGGGGGAUGCGUUGGGGCGGGAGGAUGGGGAAGAAAGCGGAGGGGAGGAGGGGAUGGUAGAUGCGCCGGAGGUGGAGAGGGGAAGAUCGCCGUCGCCUAGGCUGCGGGGUUCCGCGGGACGGGAGCAGGUGAUUCGGGUCAAGGGGGAUAUGAAGGUGGCGAUUGCGUUUGACUAUAUGAGGGUGCGAAUUGGGGAUAUUGCGGUUAUGGAGCGGUUUAAUCCGGCGUUGGCGAGGUUGUUGGCGUAUGCGGGGGCGGAGGAGGAGAGUACGAAAAAGGAGGAGGUGGUGGUGCAAAGGGGGGGCAAGAAGAAGGAAAAGAAAGGGGGACAGGAUAUGGAGAGUCCGAAGAGGAAAGCGAGGAGGUUUAAUUAG